AUGCACCAGCGAUACCUGACGCCCUCGUUCCACGGACCUCUGCGGCUGCGGGUGUUGUCUGUCCGUGCCGGGCGGCCAUCGGGAGGGUCAACGACACACCCAAUCAUCAUUUUCCUGUUGGCUCCUACUUCGCUCGUGUUCAUCCAUUAUCACUCCGUCUUUAAUGUAGAGUCUACUCUCUUUUUAUCUAUUUUCUGGGGAUUUCGUAGAUACAAAUCGGAGCGGCCUGGCAGCUCUCGAGACAGGCCAUGGGCUGGCAGAGCCAAUCGGGGCAAUGAGGACGAGCGAAGGGACGAGCGUAGGUACGGCAGUCAAGGCGACGGCGAGUACGGUGGAGGCAAACGGUACGGCGCUCACCGACAGCGUGAAUCCGGCGAGGGACGCCGUGGGGAGGACGAGUGGCGGCGGCGGCGGCACGGCGGUGACGGCCAUGAUGGCACCAACCGUCGCAACUGGCCGGUUUCGGAGGCGACAUCGGGCCCAGAUAACCGGCGGGCGCAGCAAAAGCCGCUUUCUGGAACAGCAGCCGAGCAGCCGCAACAGUUGAAACGGCGCGAACGGGAUGAUUACGGUGACGGAGGAGAUGACAGAGGGUACGACACCGAGUACGACGAGGCUUCGUACGAAGACGCAGGUGAAGGUGAUGAGCGGACUGGCGCAGCUGGCGGCCGCCGCCGCAAUGAAGGCAGCGCCGCUGGCCCUUGCUUACGUGAUACACUCCAGGGAGAGGCGUUGUACGGCGUGUUCCCCGUACUGGCGGCGCUGCGGGCGAAAAGGCGGAAGGUGCACCGGGCCUUCAUUCUCUCAUCCAUGGACCUGUCCAAGCGCAAAGAUGCGGGACUGGUACGGCAAGUGGAGGCGCUGUGUUCGGAAGCCGGGGUGGAGGUGGUGCGUACUGGCCGACAUGAACUCAACCUGAUGUCGUACGACCGACCGCACCAGUUGGCCGAAAUGGACGAGUUUCCGCCGGCGGAUGAGGUCAUCGCGGCAGCGGCGGGUGCCGUACACGGUGGCGCUGCCGGUACGGCAGCUCCGCCUGUAUGGCUCGCGCUGGACGAGGUGGUUGACCCGCAAAACCUGGGUGCUGUGGUAAGGUCGGCUUACUGCCUGGGUGCUGGGGGAGUGCUGGCCUGCGCACGUAACUGCGCCCCCUUGAGCGCUGUGGUGUCCAAGGCCAGUGCAGGUGCGCUCGAGGCCCUGCAGGUGCACAGCUGCCGCAACCUGCCUCGCACCUUGAUGGACGCGCGGGAUCGCAAGGGCUGGACGGUGCUGGGGGCGGCGGCCGGGAGCGGCUCGGAGGCCGUCGGUCGCGUCGUCGUGGACCGACCCACCAUCCUCGUGCUCGGUAGCGAGGGUUUUGGUCUCCGUACCAAUGUACGACGAGCAUGCAGCGGUCUGGUACGGGUGGACAUGGCCCCCCCAACCACUGCUCGCGCUGGCAGGGGCAUUUCCAUUCCGAGCAGCGCGGACGACGCGGACGCGGCGGUGGCGACGAACCUGCGGCAGCCUUUGCCGCCGUCGCCGCCGCUGCCACGACAGCAGCAGCCGCAGCAUGCCGUACUUCGUGGCCUCGUAGACUCGCUGAAUGUGUCGGUUGCUACGGGAAUUCUCCUGCAUUCGCUCAUCAAUUCGGCGGCAUCAACAGCGGCGGCUGGGCCUAGUGCUGCUACUGCUACAGGGGCUGUGCCAGCGGACACAACGGAGAUCUCGUCCGGAAGGCCAACAAACGGCGCUGUUGGCAACGCCUGCUUUUCCAGGACGCUCUCAGGCAACGAGGCCCAUGCUCGCGCGUGCGUCAAAAAAGCAGCAUGGGAUAAGGGCGGGGUCGGGGAGUCCAAAUGCCCCGAAGGCAGGAAGGACUGACGCAUCGCUCCCCCCACGCUCCCCCCACGCUCCGCCUCCUCUUUACCACGCGUGAUAGCAGCUGCUGCAGGCACAAGGACAGCGACUUCGAAUUGGAUCGCAGUACGGCGUACGGCACGUGGGUUCACAAAAAUCCAACCUGCCAUUGCGGAAAGAACGUACAUACGGCACCAAAUCCAAACCCCCUCUCCUUUCCCCCCCUUUUCACACGUCCAUUCUGGGCAGGGCGCACAACAAUUACAGAUGGGUAAACAACCACCACACGCUUUUGCCAGCACCGCUGUUACCGCGGCUGACAUUUGCAGCGGAGGUAGCAGCAGCAGCGGAGGUAGCAGCAGCGGAGGUAGCAGCAGCAGCAGCAGCAGCAGCAGCAGCAGCAGCAGCAGCAGCAGCAGCAGCAGCAGCAGCAGCAUUAUGGAAAGAAGCUGCCAGCGCAGUCCCCAGCCAUCACCUCUUUCACUUAGCCAACCACACGAAGGAGGACGGAGUGGAGGAGACGGGGUGAAGAGGAGACGGGGAGGAAGCGAGUGCCCCGGAGUCCCGACCUCGACG